UGCGUUGCAGCUGCUGAUAUCCAGUUACGACACCAGAAAUGUGGCGAAGCUGCAGCACGGCCGGUUUCUCUGGAGGACCGGAUGAAUAAUUAAGGAGCGGUGCUUAUGUGAAGAAGUUCAUUAAGAUGCAGACUCACACCGGUCUCCAUGGCAGCAGUGCCGCAUCUCUAUUGGGCCAACAACAACCCAAGCUGGCAAGGUGGCGAUGUGGAUGAGGAGGAUGCAGCAAACCGUCUGAGAUGUUACUGGGAGGCGAUGAUGGGCCAGUGAAGGUUGUAGUAGUUUGCAAACCCCCUGACACGGCCCCAGCAAACAGCUACGCUUAUCGACACAACCAUGCCGCCGCUGGCGUCCUGAUCCUCCACUUCCUCCCCCCGACUUCCUGAAUCUUUCUCCGGUCGCUUAAGACUCGCAGCAGACUGUCCAGCAUGGCCUCGCCCUUCAUGUGGAAGCUGUCCUCGCAGAAGCUCGGCUUCUUCUUAGUAAGUUUUGGCUUCAUCUGGGGCAUGAUGCUGCUGCAUUUCACCAUCCAGCAACGGACCAGCCACGAGAACAGCGCCGUCCUGCGCCAGCAGAUCCUGGAUCUGAGCAAGCGCUACAUCAAAGCGCUGGCAGAGGAGAACCAAAGUGUUAUGGACGGCCCGUAUGUUGGAACCAUGACGGCUUACGACUUGAAGAAGACCCUCGCAGUGCUGCUGGAUAACAUCAUGCUGAGACUUGGCAAGCUGGAGUCAAAGGUGGAGAACAUUUGCAACGGCACCGGAACCAAUCUGACCAAUGGCAUCGGCACUGGCACGGCCACCCCCAGCGCCUCCAACUCGGAAAAAGUGAACGUAGCCGACCUCCUAAACGGAGCCCAGGAGAAGUGCGAGCUGCCGCCUCUGGAUGGUUUUCCUCACUGCGAGGGCAAGAUCAAGUGGAUGAAGGAGAUGUGGCGCUCCGACUCCUGCUACGCCAACUAUGGUGUGGACGGCUCCACCUGCUCCUUCUUCAUUUACCUCAGUGAGGUGGAAAACUGGUGCCCUCGUCUGCCCUGGAGGCUGAAGAUCCUGAAUGAGGAAAUUGACCGGACUGGACAGGCGGAGAUCCGGACCAGCUUCGCGGGGCUUUACCACUCCAUGUCGCAACGGGAGGAGUUCCGCUGGAUGAUGAUGAGAAUCAAACGGAUGGCCGAGCCGUGGGUCAGCGCCAUCCGCUCUCUGGCCGCCAAGCAGAACCUGACCAAGCGGCGGAAGAAGAAGAUCCUGGUUCACUUGGGUCUGCUCACCAAGGAGUCCGGCUUCAAGAUAGCAGAAAACGCCUUCAGCGGCGGCCCGCUGGGGGAGCUGGUCCAGUGGAGCGACCUCAUAACCACGCUGUACCUCCUGGGCCAUGAUGUUCGCAUCUCCGCAUCGCUGGCUGAGCUCAAAGAGAUCAUGCGUAAAGUGAUGGGGAACAAAUCCAGCUGCCCCACUCAGGGGGACAAGGUGGUAGAGCUCAUAUACAUCGACAUCGUGGGUCUGACCCAGUUCAAGAAGACCCUCGGCCCUUCCUGGGUCCACUACCAGUGCAUGCUGCGCGUGCUGGAUUCCUUCGGGACGGAGCCAGAGUUCAACCACGCUCACUACGCCCAGUCCAAGGGUCACAAGACGCCGUGGGGGAAGUGGAACCUCAACCCACAGCAGUUCAACACCAUGUUCCCUCACACCCCAGACAACAGCUUUCUGGGCUUCGUUGUGGAGCAGCACCUCAACGCCAGCGACUUCAGGCACAUCGACGACAUCAAGAGGCAGAACCAGUCGCUCGUCUACGGCAAAGUGGACAACUUCUGGAAGGGUAAGGAGCGGUACCUGGACAUCAUCCACGGCUACACGGAGGUCCACGGGACGGUGCACGGUACCAGCACCGUCUAUCUGCCCGGCUACGUCAAGAACCACGGCAUCCUGAGCGGCAGAGACCUGCAGUUCCUGCUGCGAGAAACCAAGCUUUUUGUGGGUCUGUCCUUCCCCUACGAAGGCCCCGCCCCUUUGGAGGCCAUCGCCAACGGCUGCGCCUUCCUCAACCCCAAGUUCACGCCGCCGAAGAGCAGCAAGAACACAGACUUCUUCAAAGGCAAACCCACCCUGAGGGAGCUGACGUCUCAGCAUCCAUACGCCGAGGUGUACAUCGGUCAGCCCCACGUCUGGACGGUGGACAUCGAGAACUCUGCCGAGGUGGAGCGGGCGCUGCGCUCCAUCCUGAGCCAGAAGAUUGAGCCCUACCUGCCCUAUGAGUUCACCUGUGAGGGGAUGCUGCAGAGAGUCAACGCUUUCAUCGAGAACCAGGACUUCUGCCACGGUCAGGUCAUGUGGCCGCCCCUCAGCGCUCUGCAGGUCAAAAAGGCUGACCUGGGUCAGUCGUGUAAACAGGUGUGUCAGGAAGCACAGCUGAUCUGCGAGCCCUCCUUUUUCCAACACCUGAACAAAGACAAAGACCUGGAAAGGUUCGGGGUCACCUGUAAGACGGUGGAGUCGAGCGAUGACACGGUGGUCCCGGCCUACAGCGCGACCCGCCAGCACUGCGUGUUCCAGUCGGACCUGCUGCUGUUCAGCUGCGCCGGCGCCCACCAGACGCUGCAGCGCAUCUGCCCGUGUCGUGACUACAUGAAGGGCCAGGUGGCGCUCUGUAAAGACUGCCUAUAGCAGCUACAGGCUGCCGCUGGAGUGAAGCGAGGCGGGGGCCGACACACAAACUGUCUAAACUGUGUGUGUUCAUAUUUAUUAUUUUCCCCCAGCUGCAGGAAAGGACACUCUCGUAGCCAAGCGGAGCGCCGACUACUUUGAUUCACCAGCAGGGGGCGCCAAGGCUCUUUACUUGAAUGAACAAAGGGAGUUGAGUCGGACUGUAAACCCGCAGCUCACAUCAGACACUAAAGGACUCUACCGCCCCCUACUGGCAGCCACUCCAACUGCUCCAUCCAUUCCUCCUGUUUAGAUCCAACACUGUUUUCCUUUAUGUAGGUUUGCACUGGACCGGACACACACACACUUGCAUAAGCUGAAGAAGAACUCAGAUUUACACUGUAACCGUCUCUACGAGGGCAGACAUUUUUAUUUUUUUAUUUUGUGAGUUUUUUGCUCAACUUGCACAUUUGCGUUCAGAGCGACCGACUAUUAGAGAGUCCGAUUCUGCAAAAGGCCAGUAGCGUACGGGGUCGCCGUGCCGUAGCCAACGGAGACGUGACAAACACGAUGACCUUGCAGCCGUCCAGCAGCAUCUCCACGUAGGACCGACCAGCUAAACUCGUAGAAAUCGUUUUGUCCAGCAAACUGUAAGCAGUGACAUCAUCCAACGCAGCGUUCCUGCGGUGCAGAACCUCCCUGUUCUUUCUUGGAUAAUCACUAGAAUUUUAAUUUGCCUGCAAAUUUUAGAAAAAUUACAGAAAAAAAACUUUGUAGUUCUUGUAAUAAAUGGAAAAGAUGCACUAUGGUAAUCAGAGGUUUAUAAAAAGAUUUUAGUGACACUGUAUAUUGUUGAUAUGAGUUGAAAUUUUUCUUUUAUAUUUAUUUUGUACGCAGAUCUUUAUGGCUGUGUUUUGCUGGAAAUGUCUUUUUUUAUUUAUAGCGGGGUUGUCUUUAUUUUCCUUUUUUCUGUCUAAAGAUUUAUAUUUAUGGAGGGUAAUUUAAGAAAAAAAUAAUAAAAUGUAUGAUUGAAAAGGCGAUUUCUCUGCAACUCUGUGGCUUUUAGACACGAGGUGAGACAAAACGCAGGUUUAGAGAAUCUAUUAGGUGAACUUCUAUACCAGCUGUGCUCUGAUAGAAACUGAAGUGUUUAUUUAUUAAUUCUAUGCAAAACAUCUCAAACUCACACAUAAAGUCUGACCAGAUUUUCCGUCGCUCUUGAAGAAAAUAUUGUGGGAAAAAAAACUUCAGCAGUUUGAAUAAUUCUGCAAAAAUAAUCAGUUUUUGUCUCAUCUCUGUCUCUUUAAGACAGAGACUUUCAGACAAAUCUUCCUCUUUUCACCCCAAACAUUUUGGGUCGUUUUAAACAUAUUUGGAGGAAUUCCUGUUCACCGUUUCUGUUUAACAGGUCUGUGAUCUGCUGCCAAGUUAGUAUUGGAAGUUUUUAGAUACAUAAACGUGCCUUUUGGUGUUUUCGGUUUGGUUCUGCCUCAAUCGUCUACAUGUCUGAUAGUAACUAGAUUAACAGUAAUUAGAGUGGAUUGGAUCCUAACAGCAGAUGUAGAAUAAAGUGAUUAAUCAGAAGUCUACAGCUGUGAGGCAAACCUGUUUUACAUUGCAGCCAAAAGCCUUAUUUACUUUACUGGAACCUCACAUCCUCCAUUUGUUUUCUAGAAUUCUGCUCUGAGCACCAACCAUAUCGCUUUUGUCGAAAUGUUUCUGUUUUUUGCUCGUUAAUGGUGACGAUUGUAGUCCCAUCAGCCAAAAGGUGAACAGUGACAUUUUGUUUGCUCUUUCUGAGUCAGAGGGAAACAGCUUUAUUUUUCAAUAAAUCUUCUUUCUGUGA